AUGUCUGUUUAUCCAUUCUUUGUGGAAUAUGAGCGUCCCCGGCCACGCCAGCGUUUGAUGGACCAGCAUUUUGGUCUGGGACUGACGCCAAACGACUACCUCACCAUCGUGGCGGUGCCGCAAGUUAAUAAUAACUACUACAGACCAUGGAGAAAUCUUCGCUCAACUAACCAGGACGAAGGAUCAACGAUUAGGAAUGAAAAGGAUAAGUUUCAAGUCAAUUUAGACGUGCAACACUUUGCCCCAGAAGAUAUUUCGGUAAAAACAGCUGACGGCUUCUUAGUCGUAGAAGCGAAACAUGACGAGAAACAGGAUGAGCACGGGUUCAUAUCUCGUGGUUUUGUGCGGCGGUAUCCGUUACCAGAAGGCAUUGAAGAGUCAGCGGUGAUUUCCAAGCUGUCUUCAGAUGGGGUCCUCUCAAUCACAGCGCCUUUAAAACCUUCACCCAAAGCGUCGACCGAAAGAAUUGUACCAAUCGUGCAAACCGGGCCGGUUAAAAAGCAAGUAGAAGGAGAGAAGACUGAAUAA